ACUCGGGGGGGGCGUGUCACGUGACCACGGGCCAUCACAGGAGCAACAAACCCGAAAAUUCACUAGUGGCGUGAAAACACGUGUUUUCACAUUUGGUGUUCCGGGAUCGCGAAGACGGUGACGCUGAGGUGGCCGUUUGACUGGCCUCUAGCAGAUCCAGAGCGCUGAGAGUCCUGUUCUAGUAGUAGGGAAAGUGUCUCGUCUGUGUGAGCGCCUCCAAAAAAAAAAAGGAAAAAAAAGUGAGGGCUGUCACAACAUGGGAGGUUGCUCGGCUGCGGGAUGUUCCAGUCGCAACGAGAAGGGGAAGAAAUUGCAUUGUUUCCCCCGUGACCCUGCGAGGAGAGAGAUCUGGGAGAGGAUGGUGGGAAGACGCGACUGGAAAGCCAACGACAGGUCGCGGCUGUGCGAGGACCACUUUGAGGAAUCACAAUAUGAAUCAAGACGCAUGGACAACCUGCGCAAGUUGAAGCCCAAUGCUGUACCAACCAAGUUCCCCCACUUCAAUAAAAGCAAGACUCUAAGACAAAUAGUUGGCAAUUUGACCAAAACGUUGGUUCAAUCUCCUUUACCAGAGAGACACAGUGUUGAACACUCCUACAGCCAGAGUUUAGAGAAGGGUCCUUCAGAAAAGGAGGACAGUGGUGUGAUCUUCAUUGCAGGAGACCCCCUCUUCAGUGUGAAUGAUGGCACAGGAGAGACCAUCCUCAAGCCAGAGGCCUUUGAACUCCCGCUACAUUGCGUAUUUCUGUAUCCUCUCGAUGAUGAGGAUCUUACGAAAACCCGAUUCCACACCUCGACAGAACUGCGGUCCAAAGAGCCCAAGGAGGAGCCCCAGUCCGAACCGCACCCUGCAGAGGACACGGCACAGCCUCUGAACACAGACACAGUAGACUGUGACUUUGCUCGCCUGAAGGACAUAAUCCGAAAGAAGGACGAGAGGAUAGCUACGCUCCUCAGAGCUGUGAUGAACGAGCGGAGGGAGAAACACAAACUGGAGAGGGAGAAACAAAACCUCAUCCAAAACAUCGAGAAGGUGUUCAAUCCCAAUCAGCUGGCGAGGCUCGGGCGGAAGAGCGGCAGAGGGGUCAAGUGGUCCAGCGAGACCAUAGAGAAGGCGAGGCAGCUAAGGGCCACUUGCGGUAGCAAAGGGUACAUGCUGCUGAGGGCUCAGAACCAACCGCUGCCAUCACUGAGGUGUCUGAGGAAGAUGAGCCCAAUGAAAAAAAAAAGACUCGAGGGGGACGCUGUACCAGCAGCAGCACGGCAAGCCACAGAAGUAAUGGAUUUUUUACAAGCCGCUAUUGGUCUAGAUGGUGCCUGCUUAGAGACAGUGACAAAGUAGGCUGCAGUAGUUCAAAUGUUUCAGGUGUCAUUUGUCAUAGCCAGAACUACAGCAGGCUUGUGGCAUGAGUUCUCCCCCAGUUUGGAAAAACCUUGAGUCCCUGUCCUGUCAGCAUGAUAGCUGUCCCCGCUAGUACCACACCAGUCCAACUUUGAUGUGUGUACUUUGUUGUGUGUACCUGCAUUAGCCCGAGGGAUAGUUAAUUUCACAAGAGGAGGGAACCUAAGCUAUUGCUUCAAUUAUGUCACACAAGGACGUGGAUUAAACUGAGAAACGUUUUUGACAGAUAUGCAUUGUACACAGUUGUGGAUGUCUUUUUUGCCU